GUGACAACAGUCCAAGAAAGACGCCAGCAUCGUAAGGAUUAUUACAUCGGGAAGUAUAAAUCACAACUGGAUUAUCGUCUUUGUGGCAGACGGAUAAAUGUUCUCUCUACAUCGUAACUAACAGUUGUCUUUCUUGCGGCCAUUAGCUCCGUCAACCAAAAUGGCCGCUGAAUCGGACUUCAACGUGUCUGGAAAGAAAAGAUGUUAUCUCGACAACGCCGAAGAAAAAUUUCAUGUAAGUUCCUCUAAAAUGAGCAAAGACAGUGAGUCUCAGGCAGCUAUAACCCCACCAACGUCGGCUGCAGGUUGUGGUUGUUUGUCAUCCACACCGACUACUUUUUUGGAAUCUGUGAAGUCAGCAGUACCGUGUUUAGAUCCGGAGAGCCAAAAGGACAUCAUACUGUCACCGAUAUUGGCAGGGGCACAGGCUGAUUUCAUGGACAGUUCAUCUGCCAUGUGCGCCGGGGAGGCAGUGUUUGGGGAUAAACUCUACCAGCAUGCUUCGUGUGCGUCACAAACAUUUGGAAAUUCGUACAAGUGGAACACCGAACAAACUGAUGCAAGACCUCGCCGAGAGCUCCAUGACACCAUGAUUAUGACAUCCGGCGUAUCCAAGGAAACCCGCUCGCUUCUCAUUACAGAGAACUGUAAUGAAGGGCUGAGGCAGAGCAUCGAACAGGUGGUGUCGGACCACGAGCUGUUAGUUUCGUCUCCCAGCGAGGCGCUCGUCGUCUGCAGCGAGCGCGUGUUCCAGCUGGUGUGGGUGCAGCUGCCCAAUCCCCCGUCGGAGGAUUACCUCAGCGUAAUCACUGCCAUCAGGUAUUCCAGUAAAUACAACAGAAAGACCAUCAUCUUAGGCGUAACCAGUGGACAACCAGAAAUCGAUCUUCAUCUUCACGGCGUGGAUGAAAUUUUGCUGGAACCUGUGUCAGUGGCGACAAUUCGACAAAAGUAUUUCGACUGGACGUCCGUCAAGCUCAUACCGUAUCACGACAUCGGGCUAAAGGAGACGGCCAUAGCGCCAGCCACGCCAGAGUCAAGCGUAAGCACGGAGUCGACCAGCAUCGAGAUCAGCUUGUCCUCUCUGGCCUCGGUCGUCACGAACGAUAGUGGUAUCCAAGGCGACACAGACAUGGUGGACCUCAAACCACCGCCAGCUUUUCUGUUUCCGUCCCAGCAGAGUCAGCCACAGCCACAACCCACUAAAGACUCCAAGUUCGGGGUCAACGUGCCAGCUCAGGUCAGCGGCCCAUCCACCCCACCCUCCUGGUGUCGCAUGGAACACGCCACGAAAGAGAAGCACCGCAGUUCGUCUCAAGUCCACAGGGAACGGAUCAAGGACAGCUGCGAUCAGCUGAGGGUCCUCCUGCCGUACGUCCGCGGCCGCAAGACGGACAUGGCCUCUAUUUUGGAGAUGACCGUCGACUACCUCAAGAUCGUCAACUCCAAACUGCCCCACGAGUUCCACUCUCAUGUGCUGGACAUGAUGACCAAAGGCAACGCUGCUGCCACUUGCGGGUCGAGACGAGCCUCGGGGUCUGGAGGACGGGGUGCUGGAGGGAGAGGGGGCAGAGGGCGGGGCUCCAAGCGCGGGACCACCUCCCCCUCCAAAAGCUUGAGUGCAAGCAGCAUCACUAUCUUAAACAGCAGCACCGAGCAGCAGGCGGACAACUUCCUGUGCACCACUCCAGGCCGGAUGCUGACUCGCUCUUUGUCCCGUACCGGCUACUCGCCGUCCGGCAGUGGCGGUAAAGGAUCCAGUGGGACUCGUGGCUGCAGGACAAACAAACGCAACCAGUCUGCGACCUCUGGUCUGACCCUCUCUCCGGCAGGAGGUCGUGUCAGCGUGUUCUACUCAGGUGACAGCAAAGAAAGAGGCUUCCUUCAGCCGUCGCACCACAUGGCAACGCUCCUAGUUUCAGACGGCUCCCCGCCCUCUCCCAUCACCUCCACGCCCACAUCGUCGCACGGCCUCAACCCCGUAAGCAUGCACAUGACCUGCACGGCGUCGCCCGCGUCGUCGUCGUCGAUGGCGGAAAUCGGAAGCAUGACCUCGGGCCCUCGCCUGUUCGCCUCAGCGGCUCACCUGGCCCUCGAGCGGCUUGUCUCUCAAAGCGGCUAUGGUGCGCCACCGGGCUCCAUGACUUCUGCUCUCCCGACGAGAUUCUCGCUGGGCGGCGAGCGGGACACAGCCAGCAGUAGCAGUGGUUUGUCCAUGGGAACAGCUGGGAUGGCCAUCCCCUGCACCACCUCGGGCAUGGUGGGAUACGGGGAAUCCCCGGCGGCCCCUACAGGCUACUACCACUACUACUCUGGCAUGGCGGACUUAAGUUCCGCAUACGCCGUCGCAGGCGGAGGAGGGGGAGGAAACGGGGGUGGCAUUGGCGUUUGCGGAGGCGGAUCGGCAGGUAGCGGCAGCGUUGUGACGUCACUGUGCAACGACUUUUUGACCUCCACCCCGCUGAUGCGCCUUCCCACCAGCUGCUCCUCGGCCUUCGCCUCCCGCCUGCCGCCGGCACCCUCUCGUGGCAAGGUGGAGGAGCCAGACCAGCAUUUCCAGUCCUUGACGGAGGCGGAAGACGUGUACGGCUCCUUGAACAGCGCCACCAAGGGCGGCAACUAACAACCGACAAGGAAACAACGGUGAGAGAUGUGAACUGCAGUUCCAUGACGUUUAUAGAGAUGAACCGCAGUUUCAUGACAUGUAAUUUGCCAUAUGCUGACGUCAACUGAUUAUGUAUUGCUGUAGCAUACCUUCUGUCCAAUGUUGAAGCUUUGAUAGAAGUGAACUAAGUAUCAACCAAUGGAUUGGGGUUAAAAAAAAAAAAUUAAAAUUUGAGUUUAUGCGAAUAUUUUCUCAUAACAUUUUGUUACCUCUUGUUCAAGAUUAUCCCUUAGGUGGGACUGUUGGAUGUUAAUAAAAAUUCCUACGACAUUGCAACGAAGUAAACAGGGUACUAUUUUUUAUUGUUAUUACUAAUUGUUGUAAUCAAAAUUGAGACUAAAACAAGAAGUUACGAUUUUUGUAUACUGAUAAUAUAAGAUGUAAGAGUUUCUGUUAACAGUGAUAAGUUUGGCUCAAAGAUUAGAGCUGAGAAAUGACAUUUUAUAUUCAGUUGUCUUAGAAUAAGUAAUUGUCAAAGUUGUAAGAAAAAUUAUAUUAAUUUAUUAUUAAUUGGAAUUAUAAAUUUGAAAAUAUCUGUAUAAAACAAAUGAUCAAGCAUAUCUGAUAAAUAAAAAUAUUAAGUUUUGUGAUACAAUUUGUGUUAAAUGGUAUGCAGUGAGGUGACAUUUUAGAUCACAGCAUUAUGAAUUUCAUAUUACUGCAAAAUAAGUUUUCAGAUGGACUUUAUUUUCAGAUGCAUUCAGUAGUUAGUAGAGUCUGAAGUAGGUGUUAUAAAAAUCUAGUAAGCUAUAUAUUGAGAUGACUUCAACAGCAAGCACAAAAAUAUAGAACUGUAAUGUGUGUGUGUGUGAGGGUGAGAUAGAUGAAGAAAAAAAAAACACA